UAAAGACUGAACUUGCCUGAAGGGCAAUGGAUCCAAAUAAUAUUUCCUCCCUCAUUUCUUAAGUUUGGCUCCAAACAAUCUGUCUUUCCAAUACUGGACCUGCAGAAGCAGCCCCACCAAAGAAUACUGUGGCUGGAAAAAAGAUAAGACUAAACAGCAAAAUGAACGCAUCCUUCAUCUAACACUCCACAGAAGACCCAGCACCAGCACAGUGAACUUGGGAAAAGAAGAAUCUUCUGCUUGAAGCCCAGGACUUAGCAGGUUGCAUACACUUAGCAUCUAAGAAUUCAAGGAUGAAGACUUUAUUUCUGAGCUCUAAAGAAACAUAUUGCUGCACUGAGGCACUUCUAAUAUUUCAACAAAGCCACGCUUGUGGAAAGACAUAUUCAUAAAGGUAGAACAGAUUCACCGAACUGUGGCCAGAAGAAAACUCCAGAGAACAUUUGGAGUUCCAGGAAACAUCUGGAAUGCCAAAGAUGAACCUACUUGAGGCAGCAAAAUCAGGGUUUCUAGUAUGCAUUGUGGUUUGCAUCUUCAUCUUUGGUGUUUUCUACCUACGGAAUGCAAUCUUCAAGAAAGACAGAGAGGAAAAACUCAUCCCGAAAGAGUGUGGCUUUUAUCCAGAUGAACUUUGCUCGGCCCUCUUUGAUGGGAAAGAAGUUGCUUUUCAGAUUGGCCAGCUGUGCCAGGAGGCUCUAGGGGGAAGAGAAAUGUCUACUUGCAUACAAACACCAUGCAACUGUUCCACACUGCAGAAGAAACUCCACUUCAUUACAAGACCACUGUCAGAAGAAGAAAGGAACUUCUCCUUGGCAUACAUCAUCACCAUUCACAAGGAACUGGACAUGUUUAUAAAACUACUCAGAGCUAUUUACGUGCCUCAGAAUGUUUACUGUAUACAUAUUGAUGAAAAAUCACCAGAGGAUUUUAAGCAAGCUGUGAAAACCUUGGUCAACUGCUUUGAAAACAUUUUUAUUGCUUCCAAGAGAGAAAAAGUUGUCUAUGCAGGAUUUUCCAGAUUGCAAGCAGAUAUCAACUGCAUGAAGGAUUUGAUUCAUUUAAAAAAUCAGUGGAAUUAUGUUAUUAAUCUAUGUGGCCAGGAUUAUCCCAUCAAAACUAACAAGGAACUUAUACAGUAUAUUAAAAGUAAAUGGAAUGGUAAAAAUAUAACUCCAGGAAUUGUUCAACCACCUCAUAUGAGACACAGAACUCAUCUUAGUUACCACGAACUUGUACAGUCAGGAAUAACAUUUAUCUAUCCAACUAAUAAUGUGAAAAGUGAACCACCCCAUAAUUUGACUAUAUAUUUUGGGACUGCCUACUAUAUACUCACAAGACAAUUUGUAGAGUUUACACUGACUGAUGCACGUGCAAAAGAUUUGCUCGAAUGGUCAAGAGACACCUAUAGUCCAGAUGAGCAUUAUUGGGUCACCCUGAAUCACUUACCAGAUGCUCCUGGUGCUACACUGAACACAACCUGGCAAGGAAAUAUACGAGCAAUCAAGUGGAGAAAUCAAGAAGGGGAAACCCACAACGGCUGCAAAGGACAUUAUGUCAGAGAUAUCUGCAUCUAUGGUCUUGGAGACUUAGAGUGGAUUAUUAACUCUCCUAAUUUAUUUGCCAACAAAUUUGAGCCAGCAACAUAUCCACUUGUUAUGGACUGCCUAGAGAAGUAUUACAGAAUGAAGGUACUCCAGCAAGCUGAAGUACCUUUGGAAGCACACUGGCAUUUGGAGGAAUAGACUGCUCUGAACAUCCGGACUAACCAUAGCCUCUAUGGAGGGUGAAGCAGAACAAAAGACACCCCACAUUUCAAAAUGUAUGUUAGAAAGAUGGAUACUGCAUCAUAAGUAUUCAGCAUCUUGGAUCCGAGGGCAUUAAGAAAGGAAAAUCCUGAACAACAUGAAGAGUCAAUACGCACUGAAACUAGUGUCCUUACCAACAUUAACUUCUCUGUGCCUGUUCUUUUUUCUCCCAUUCAAGUGCUUAGAAACACAUAAUUGGUGCAUAUUGUCUUAGAUUCUUACAGGUAGUCCAUGUUUAGCUACUGCCUCGUUUAGCGCCUGUUUGCAGUUACAAAAAUGAUACAAAAGUAACUUUGUGACCAAUCCUCACAUUAAAGACCUUUGCAGGUCUGUAAAGCAAAGGGAAGCUGAAGGAGGAUCAUAAAAACACUUGUGGUUUCACUUAGUGACCGCUUUGCUUAACAACUGAGUUGUCUGUCAUAAUUAUGGUCACUAAAUGAGGACUACCUGUUCUCUUUCACAUAAGAGGACUAAUCUCUUUCUAAAAGAAUGCUUAUUCUUUUAAAUGAACUAUUUAAAAAGGCUCACAUCCUGACUUAAAUCCAGACCACGCCCUCUGAAGUUAAUUGCACUAAAUGAGUCAUGACUAACUUGCCCCACUUACUCCAGUGGGUCUAUUUUAAGCAUAUAUAAAUCCAUAUCUAAAUAUAAUUCAUAUAUAAUUACAUUUAUCUUCUUUAACAUCUUUUUUCUACAUAUAACUUUAUGUAAAUUUAAUUAAUAAAUCCCUGAAUAAACAUAUUCAUAGAAUUAAUCAAAAUUUUCUGUCACUGGAUGACACUGAUCUUUCAUCCAGUCCAAUCUGGUAAAAUUACAUGUAAAAUCAAGUAAAAACCUAGCAUUUAUAUAUUAUGACGUAUCUGGCUGGCUAAAUGAAAAAAUAAAAUAAAAUUCAGUAUUCCAUAAGUCUUAAUUCAGACAGAGGAGAAAAUUAAGUAAGUUAAAUUAGGAAGAAAAAAAUAAAAGUAUAUGUGGGGCUGAACUAAGUCUUAUACUCAAUAUUUCAAAUUUCACUUGAAUCUGUAUCUCUUGAACUGAAAGUUUACACAAUGUUUCACAGGGAGAAUAAAACUGUAUUAAUGAAAAUAUAUAUUUAUAUUAUUAAUUAUCAUUUGAAUUCCUCUAUAAGAUAUUGAAAUAGUAAGUUUGAAAAUAUCUCCAUAAGUGUGAUAGAUAUUAACUUCCUGUUGACAACAAAAUCUCAACCAACCAACAUGUAAAUGUUUUGUUCGAAGCAGGGAGGGUACAAUAUGAAAAACAUUCUUUUUUAUGGUUUAUACUUGCAUCUAUGUCAGUACUGUUUACAAAUUUAACUUAAAUGUUUUAGAAGAGAGAUCCAAAAAUAAAACUCACAAAACAGAAUUUAUUCUUGAUGAAGGUGUGGAAACCCCCACCACACCAUUACAGUUGUACAGGAAAACUCCUUGUAGAUUUCUUAAGCAGAUAAACUCAACUCUUUAAUGUUAUCUGUCUCUGAUUUGUCUAACAAAUGACUCAACCAUACAGAUGUACACAGGUUCUGUUAAGUAAGGCUCUACUGUGCUAGUUUGUACCUUAACAAUGAGGGGCAAAGUAUUUCUCUUCUCCCAGGAACACAGAAGAUGGAUGUACCUGCUAUAGUAUGAUCUAGUUUGACCAGUGAAAUGUGUUGAGUGGGGCUGUCCCUGAAAAGAUUUUGGAAACUAGGAGCACAAAAUGGGAUAGUCAGACAAUGAUUCGAUUUGCACUUUAAAAACUAGCUGUAUUUGUACUUGACCCAGCUGGACUUUAGUUCAUUUCCAAGCACAAUGCAACUUGUGGAAUUCAUUUCAUAAAGCUGUAAAUAAUAGAAAGGAUGGAGAUAGGAGACCUGAAAGUCUGCCUCUUCCCAUAUAUGCUUGCUGUAAUUUCUAUUCCUCUGCUGAGUUUUUAAAUGGAGGAAAAAAAUCCAAUCAUUUCACAGAGAUUGUAAUGGCUUCCGAUGGAUUUGAUCUAUAUACACAGUCAUCACGUAUUCCUUUUCAGAAUAAGCAAUGUUAUCGAAAGCACAGAAAAAGCCUAAGAAGCAUUAAGCAAAGGAAAUUAAAGGCAGUAGACUGGAGAAAGGAAAGAAAAUCUAACUAAAUCUAGUUUACACCAACACCAUUCACUAUCCUCCAUAGCAUUUAUCCUUGCAAACCAUUCCAUCUUCUACCACAUCCAUACACUAUUCGUACAUUGCCUUUAAACUCCCAACUUCCCUCUCUUUGAAGAUCUCAUUAACUCCUUCCAGCCAUGACUUUCUCAGUUUUCUGCUUCCUCUCAGCCCAUCCCUGCUUCUUUCCCAAGCCAGCAUGGUGAAAUGGUCUCUGGACUAUGACUGAGAGAACCUGGGCACUGGUCCACUUCUGCUGCCAGUCACUUUCUCUUGGUCCAAACUACCUCACAGGUGUAUUGCUGUAGCAAAAUCAAAGAGCAGAAAGCACUAGAAACACCUUGUAGUCCUGAACAAAAGGUAGGGUAGAAAUCAAAUACAUUUAUUUUAUGAUUCAAUCCUCAUUCUUUCUCUGUAUGAGUAAACAAGCAAACAAACAAAUAAAUAAAUGCAUGUAUUUUAUAUUGGCCAUUGAUUUUAAUAAUCAGUCCACAUUUAUUCAGCACCCAUUCAUUCUUGAUCCUAUCUCUUCCUGCUUUACCACGUAACCCAUCCCCAUUUAGUUCAACUUAAUUUUUUCCUGUCAUACCCAAAUCUCAGUUACAUGGGCCGAAGCAUGCCGUUAUAAACCAGCCAUUUUCAUUUCUUUCAACAUUGUUUCCUCACAACUACCCAUCAAUAAUCUAGUUAUAAUAUAGACCAAACUAUAAUGAGCAAUACUGUUAAGGCUGGUGCUUUCAUUUUAUGGAUGACUCAAGUCUUGCACUAACAGGAAGUAAACCACUGACAUUGCCCCCCCCCCCGCACUUAGACCGACUCUUACUCAAAGCAAUACAGAUAUUAAAAUAACAUCCAGAUUAAGAAGGGAAAAUGUCUGUUGUUACAUCCAGGCUGAAAUGGACAGAAAGGCAUUCAAGUGUACCAAAUUCUUCCUUUGUUCACCUUUAUUUAUUUUGAAUGAAGGAUAUCAUUUUGCAAUUCAGUGGAUGUUACUUCUUGUCAAAACUGAAGAAUUUACCAAUUCUUAAUGCCUUCCACACUGCGUACCAAUAAUGAAGCUUAUCCCACUUUUAUAGCUGGACACCAUCGGGUUCAUUCACAGCUUGAAAACAUCUCACUACAAGAAAAAUGGGCAGUGCCAUGCCUAGCAUACAGCAAAACAGCUCAUCAGCAGUGAGAAGUAAAUGAAAUCUCCCAUUGCAAUGACCUCCAGCUUAGCCAAAAGGCCAUUAAUUAUUAAACAUUUUCCCACAGCGAUGAGCAUUUUCUUCGGCAGCUGUGCUUAUUUUAGAUAAUCUCUAACCGCACUUCUGGUUAUUUGUUCCAUUAUUUAUGUGGGAAACUAAGCCCAAAUAAACCUCAGUCAGAUGUUUCAAAAGGAAA